AUGGCCACCGACGUGAGAAUCGCCCAGGCAAUAGGGACGCUUGGCUCUGCAGUGGGAGCAGGCGGCAUUGCUUCAUUAUCCAUAAUAAGCAUCCCCAAUCUCAUAAUUCCAGCCCGUCGCCCACCCAGCGCGACCCUGCCAUUCCAUGAUACCCCAGGAACCUCGCCCGGCCAUUUGACACACCAGUGGCUCGAUAUAUAUACUCGUGGAAGCAAGAUUUUCCCCGGUAUAUCCGCGGUAUCUUCACUUGCAAACCUGUAUGCGCUCUGGGCAUUGCGGGACUCCGCUACCCCUGCGCCGGAUAUCUUUGGGUCCAGCUGGUCCACGUGCUAUAUGCUUGCUAUCGGGUUUACGAUGAGCAUUACGCCUUUUACUCUUACAGUUAUGAGAAAGACAAAUACCAAGCUGAAGGCUCAUGCAAAGCGCGAUGAUGCGGCUGACGCUGAGGGUACCGAGGGCAUGGUAGUUAGUCCACAAGAGAAGGCGAAGCGGGCUAGGGAGGAUGGCGAGGUGGUUGAACUUCUGCAGCAUUGGUCGCAGUUGAAUUUGAUCAGAGCUGUGUUUCCACUCAUUGGAGCUGGCAUUGGGUUCUAUACUGCUGUCUCUAGCUGGAUGAUUCCUUAA